GCAUCGCACAGAACGUAAGCAAUCACCUGAGCCACCACCGCAGCCUCGUUUUUUGGUGAGUACAAGGCGGAAUCGUCAAAGUCCAUACACCCGCGGUUGCAGGACACAUUCUAGUGCUUGUGUCAACACGGGUCAGUCUGGACCUUCAAUUUUCAAGCACUUGGCGAGCACUGUGCUGCGUCCCGCGUCUCAAAUCAUGAUCGUCCCCCAUCAUGUCGCAGAGGAGACUGACGGUCUCUACUCGGACGCUUCUUCCAUCAAAGCAUGGCAAUUGGACCCUUUCCAGGCCGCACCUUUCAACGAUUCAAAGGAGCAGAGUGAGGACGAGCUGCGCUCAUACCUGUCCACCAAGCAGGCACGAACCUUCAUUAUAAUCCCUCAACAGCACUCACGCGGCUCGCUUAAUGUCACUCCAGAGUCCUUAAGCACGAUCAUGACUUCCUUCAACAUCUUUGCGGGCUUUAAAAAGAUCGUCUCCACUUUUGUUAGAGACCAGUCGUCGGAUUAUUAUGUUGGUCAAUCUGCAGCGCACUUUAAUCCUCCCGCAAAAGCCGGUUGCUCGAACGGCAAAUUUGAAUUCAGCUGCUUAUUGAGGUUUGUCGAACGUAACACACGCCGGACCGCGCACACUGAUACCUGCUACGACGAAGUCCAUCGAUGGUCCAUACGACAACAGGCAGUGUAUCAUUCUUAUGAGCGCUGCAAUCAAGUCAAUGAGACAAUACUCCUUAUCAACCCCUCUGAUGAGCUGUGGGCGUCAAUAAAACGACAGCUCGGGGAUUCUACACCCAGUUCAAGGGUGGAUGAAGGAUGGGCUGUGAUGCCAAAUAUCGUCUUUGAGAGUCUGACAGCGAAUUGGACGGCAUAUGUUUCAUGCCUACAUAAAGCUGUAGAGCAGAUUAAGAGAGACGCUACCGCAACGCACUAUGACCGCCCUGACGUUGGUGAAGCCAACGCGGAAACCCUAGGGUAUGGGUUAGAGAUAAUUGACAAGCUUCACACCACCUCCCAUGUCCUACAUUGCAACAUUGUCACUCUGAGGGCAGUGCAGAACAAAGCCGAACAGAGCUUCAUGAUAUGGCAUCCUAGUCAGGUGGUGGCUGAAAGGGCCCAAUUCUCACACAACGCACAGAGCAUCAUUCAAGAGCUUGAGUUUGAGCACAAUCAAGUUCAAUUGAUAACUCAUAGGCUGGAAGCCGUAAUUGAAAUGAUUCGUGAUCUUGUCCAUCUACGCAGCACCCAUAAUAUGGAAAAGAUGAGUUCUCGUACCAUCCUAGAAGCCCGUACUAUGCGGAUUAUCGCCUUUAUGACUCUAGUAUUCCUGCCCCCCACUUUCAUUGCGGGGUUUUUGCAGAUGGGAUACCUUGAUAUUGCAUCAGAAGGUGGUCGGUUCGUGAUCAAUACAGAACCAGGUCUUUCAUUGUACUUCGCGAUCACUAUGCCGGUGGUUUUUGCUGUAGUUGGGGGGUAUCUGUGGUGGGAUAGGCGCGGCACUCACGCAGCCAAGCUUCACGAUGGGAAUGCUGUGUAGCAAGUUUCAUUAGGACUUCAGGAGAUGUGGAGAUUGUGGAAAUGUGAGAUUGAGUAUUCACGAGGGGGAAUAUACAGAAUCUAUGUUCGCAGAGUUCCGACUAAAAAGCUGCUUACACAGGUGAGAAAGCAGCAUGCGAUUUUACCAACUCCACCCAUCCAAGCCUCCAUCAACUUCGCAGUCGCUUCCCCUUUCCCUGUCCAUAUCUUCCACUGCAACACAUUGAAUCACCCAUCUGCACGUCUAAAUGACUCCUUUCAGUAGACUUUGACAAAAAAUAUGCAAAAAGGAAGGGUCUGGCCGGGGAUUGAACCCGGGACCUCUCGCAAGCUAUGCUGUAGGGUUUUCCCUAAGCGAGAAUCAUACCGCUAGACCACCAGACC